AUGGACCCAAGAACUUACCCUGAAGAAAAAUGCACCCACACAGUUGUCAAUUUGGGAACUCUGCAACACACGAGAGAGAAGAAGAGGAGGAUGAGAGGAGGCGAGGAAUUCAUGCGUUCUCCUCUCCGUCUCCAUCUUCCGUCUCGUCGUCAUCGUCCUCUUCUUUCGUCCAUCUCUCUCCGUGUCUCGUCUCCUUCUCUCUUCUUCCAUUUCCCUUCUCUCUCUCUCUCGCCUCUCUUCAUCUUAUCUCUUCUCUCUCUCCUCCUCUCGUUCUCUUCUCAUUCUUUCUGUUCUCUUUCUCCGUCAUCUUUCCGUCUUAUCCCUUCUCUUUCUCUAUUUCCAUCGUCUUCCUUCUCUCCAACGAGACGGAGACGAAAUGAGAAGAUGAGGAAAUGA